AUGGACCUUGGACGGGCUGAAAAGGACGCUGAACAUGAGAAGCUCGAGGAUAUGAGACUCGGCAUGCUUCACUCGUUCAACGCCGAUGACCUGUCCAGUCAAAUGCAGGAAACAACACUGGAGCCUGAAAGCAAGGCUUUGCAAAGUCAGCUCCCUACUCAAGCAUUCCCCCUUCGCCCAGCUUUUGGUAAUCAGGGAAACCCGGUCCUCCUGUGGGCGAACUACUAUACUAUGACAGUGAAAGCUUCGUCGCUCUGGAAAUACCCCAUCAAGGUCGAGGAGCGCUCAAAGAAGCAGACCAAAGAUGAGGGUCAAUCCAAGCAGCCGAAAUCUAAGGGUCCGGGAGCUGGUACUGCCCGAGAGGUCAAAGGGCGCAAGCUCCAUCUUGUAAUGGAGCAAGUUUAUAAGUUCUUCAGUGCACAAACCCUCGUCGCGACAGAAUUCAAAAGCCAGUUGCUAGCAUCUCGACAGCUAGAGCUCGAAACUAACCCGAUGCUCGUCACACUUCCAACAGAGGAUGGCACCGGAAACGAAGAUGAAUUUGUGGUCUCGAUUCUGAAGCCGACGGAAAUUCGAAUCGGGGAUCUGCUCGAGUAUAUGUUAACGCAGAAAAGCAAGCCGUACCAGUUCAAUUUCCCACCUUUUCCAGAGUGUGUCGAUGCUCUGAACAUGAUCCUUGGAACUCAACCACGGGCCAGCCCCCAGAAAAUUACUGCUGUAGGAAGUUCACGAUUUUUCCCUUUUGGUGACGGAUUCGGGCAAGAGAAAGCCGGCAUCUCCCUCGCUGGCCAAGGUCGAGGUCGCCCACUCGAAGCCCUUCGAGGUUUCUUUCAGUCUGUUCGGGUCAGCACAGGCCGAUUACUUCUGAACGUCAAUGUCACUUGUGGCGUUUUCAGAGCUUCCGGUUCAAUGACUGGAAUCUUCAGUCAAUUCAAUGCUGGUGGCAUCACUGAAAACGACGCUGAUCGACGUUACAGAUCAAUGCUUACUAACUUGACGAAGACCCUGUCCAAGGCCCGUGUGAAGGUCACCUUUAUGGUUGGCAACGGCAAGAAAGUGGAGCGGACAAAGACUAUCCAUAACCUUGUAAUGGCUCACGAAGUGCGUCGUUCUAAGGACAAGAACUCUCCUCGAGUUGCCAAUGGUUUCUACUUUGCAGGUCCGAAACAGGUCAGCUUCUAUCUUGAGGAAGAUGGAAAAGGUCGUUAUAUCACGGUGGCAGACCAUUUCAAGAACAGAUACGGAAUGACCCUGGAAGAUUAUCCACUUCUAAACUUGGGGAGCCCUGCCAAGCCUGUGUUUUUCCCGGCUGAAGUUAUCACAAUGAUACCAGGUCAAUCUAUCAAAGCAAAGUUGAUGCAGGAUGAGACAACAAAGAUGCUCAGCCUUGCCUGUCAAAAACCAGACGUGAACGCGACCGCCAUUCUCACUGCAGGCCGUGCUACCCUUGGCCUAGACAACGAAGUACUGAGCCAGUGGGGCAUGGGGAUCAACAACAGGCUCCUUGUUGUACAAGGCCGAGAGCUUCAGGUACCUCGUAUCAAAUACCUGUCUCUUGAAAAGAAGCCUGCUUUCAUGACGCCUCGGGGGGGAACUUGGAACUUCAAAGAUCGGCUAGUCGCAAGAGGUGCGACCAUUCCGAGCUGGUCGGUGCUACAGAUCAAGCUUUACCCCCAGGCACAGAUGUUGAACCAACAAGACAUCAAAACCUUUGAGACUAAUCUGCGCAACGCCGGAAUCUCACUUCAGCGUCCUGUUCAGUGUCCCUUCCCGGAGUUUUCUGUCCACGACAUUCAUGGCCCCAAAAUAGAAGAAGCCUUCGAAUGGGCCAAGCAACAAGGCGUUAGGUUCUUCCUGGUUGUCUUCUCUGGAAGGGCAGACACGAGCGUCUACGGGAGAGUCAAGAUCUUGGGAGACUGCUUAUACGGUAUCCACACAAGUUGUGUUCUUUCAGAGAACGUGCUCAACAAGGGCCAAAGCUACGCCGCCAACGUCGCUUUGAAAUGGAACCUAAAAGCAGGUGGUGCCAACCACCUUCUGGCCGACAACAUUAAACUUCUUAGCGAGAAGACUAUGGUUGUCGGUUAUGAUGUUACCCAUCCAACCAAUAUGCCUGUGACCGAGAAGAACAGGCCACCCAGUCUUGUGGGCAUGGUGGCCAGUAUCGCCCCAGAUCUUGCGCAGUGGCCGGCAACAGUCUGGGAACAGAGCACAAGACAAGAGAUGCUGGACGACACACUCGUCGAGGCCUUCCAGAGCCGCCUAGAGUUGUGGAGAAAGCACAAUAAGGUCCUUCCCGAGCGGAUCAUCAUCUUUCGUGACGGCGUGUCUGAGGGCCAGUUUCAACAGGUUCUCGAGCAGGAGCUUCCUAAAAUGAGAAGUGCCUGCCAGAAAUUGUACAAGAAGAAUCAAGACCCAAAGAUAACAAUCAUCGUGUCCGUCAAACGGCACCAUACCAGGUUUUACCCUGCCCAGCCAGAAAAUACAGAUCAGUUCACUGGCAAUAUUAAACCUGGCACUGUCGUUGACCGUGGUGUGACCCAGACUCGCUUCUGGGACUUUUAUCUCACGGCCCAUUCCGCACUCAAGGGAACCGCCCGUCCCGCGCAUUAUACUGUUCUGCUGGAUGAGAUCUUCAGGGACAAGUACAAGGAUCAAGCGGCGAACAAUCUUGAAAAGUUGACUCAUGAGCUGUGCUACCUCUUCGGCCGCGCAACCAAGGCCGUGAGCAUCUGCCCACCCGCAUACUAUGCUGACAUUGUAUGCGAGCGUGCUCGGUAUCAUCGACCAAAUUACGAUCUCAGCGACACUGACAGCGUGUCGAGUGGUAGCACUAGAGGUCAAGCCAUCGAGAUACACCCUAAUUUACGGGAUACCAUGUAUUACCUGUGA